AAUGGCAGACAGGCAGGGAGAGAGAGGAAUAAAAGGUGGAGCUGUAAGAAUUUUCCACAGCUCCUGUCACCCCCGUUCGCCUCUUGCAUGCCGAUCGCCUCCAAGCUUCUCUACUUCCAGCGCCGCCCCUCGUCGGCGACGCCAGAGCCGGAGCCGGAGCCCCCCGACCCCCGCCGCCGGCCCUGCCGCGACCUUCGCCGCCGCAGCUCCCUCUCCUCCCACCACAAGCCGGGCCAGGAACUUGUUCCAGGGAACCAAAGAGACGCUGCUAAGUCUGCGGGAUCGGCUGGAAACAUAACAGAGCAUGUAGGGGGCGUGUCCUCCAGCGCAAGACUAAACCGCAGUGUAUCAGACCAUGGCCGUCUUCCUGAUGCUGUCCAGCAGGCUAGGGAAAGGCUCCUUCAGAGACUUAACAGUGUGGACUUAUCGGGAAGAAGGCGAAAGACAUGGCCCUCGGAAACAAUUUGGGCUGAAUCAACUCGCCCUGCUGACCUCGGCGUCUCCACCUCUGCAGACAGCAUACUGGGUAGUCUAACCAGCUGCUUCCAGCCCGGUGUAUCCACCACCGCCUGCAAGGUUGAAGAAAGCGCGGGGGAUCCUCUCGGCGAUGCAGGUAAGCGUGCGCCGGUCGCACUGCUUCCCAAACCCGUCCCUGAGCUGCAACAGUCAGCCCGCAGAGGAGGAGCAGGUGAAGGCGAACACGCAGAGCCUUCAGCCGAGUGCUCUAUAUGCCUCGAGCGAUGCGGCGACGCAGACGGGAUCAUCCAGCUGCGCUGCAAGCACGUCUUCCACUCGGCCUGCCUGGAGCGGUGGCUGCGAUCCCGCGGCGACUGCCCCUACUGCAGGGCCAGCGUGCUCCUAACACCAGACUGAAACCGAACGAGAAUAACCACCAAGUCCAACGCUACAUGACCUCUCUAAUACUCGACCGUGUCACUGCUUACCUCUACUUGCAAAACUGUGUUUUCCUUUAGCUCGGCUUCAGCAAUUAGCAUGCAUCUCAUAUUCUCAUGUGUUUUGUGCCUUGAACUCACUGGCUGCUGUAACUGGAUGCUGGUAUCAUGAACUGUGCAUACGAUACGAUGAGAAAAGCAGUAAGCUGGCUAGCUAUCAUUCCGUGG